AUGCGAACCUUUCUGCUCGCAACUGCAAUCAGCCUUGGCCUGCCUGGAGCAUUGUCAAGCGUUAUCUGCGAUACUUCGCAGGCUUCAAGAAUCAAUGGCACGAGUCAGGACCAGAAUCAUGCGAUUCAAUCCUGCAUUGACAAGCUCUGCUCGACUGGUGGUGCGUCACAGGAUUGCGGAUCGCAUCUGUUGAGCGUGACGCAGUUUGAUGAAGGCGCGCCAGCAGGUAUGGACAUCUGCAUCACUCACUUUGGCGGCAUCUUCAACCAAUGCUUCAUCGCUGAGAACGUUGAGGGCGGAAUUGCCGUUAGUAACGACGCCUUGUACGAGAUACAUGUAAUGGGCGAGACUGGUGUUGAAGAAACAAGUUUAUCAAACGACGAUCAAGAACUGAAAGGCUUACAGGCACGAGGCCGUACUCGUGGAGGAAGGACUAGGACCAAGUCUGGCACAAGGAAGACCAGAAAGCCUAAUGUGAAGAAAACGAAGUCUAAGGCCAAGAAGACGAAGUCCAAGUCCAAGUCCAAGACCAAACCGAAGGUUCCACCUAAGUCUAAGCCGAAAGCCAAGUCGGGUACCAGACCGAAGAGCACACCAAAAAUCAGACCAAAGACUAAACCGAAGAAGGCUACAAAGCCCAAGAAGAACUCAUGUCAGGCGAAGAAGGGCAAGUCAGGCACGACGGGCAAGAAGGGCAAAAAGAACAUACGUGAUGUUGUCGAAAGCUUCUUACCAUCCUAUUUGUUGCCUAGAACAACACCCACGGGCUCGCCAAGUGGCAAGGGGAAGGGAAAAGCUACAGACGACGACGUCGAGGCAUGCGAACUAAAACCACAUUAUCGAAGAGAGCUUCUCGACCAGAAGCUUGUUUAUCAUUAUUACUUUGAUACGACUGAAGGGUGGCAACAGUCGCCGUCAGUGAAAAACUCACCGCCCCACGUGCGCAACGUCAUGAACAAGAUGAGGUCCAAUGGCUUUUUCAACGUGGUUGCAUUCACCGGCAAAUCGCAAAAGACGUAUUGCGUGGGCAAAGCGGGUCCCAAUAGACCUCAAGAUGUUGUUGCGAAGGCAGCAGCAGCUGGUGGAAGGUGUCUUGUUACGAACGGCAACUUCUUCGUGUUGCCCGGAGACGACGAGAUGUAUUGGCAGUACGGUGGUGAGCCUAUCAAUGAUAUUGACCAAUUCCAUUCGUACUCAAUCGGCUUUACCUCUACCGAUCCAGGAGAAGAAAAGACUGUCGGUGUACCUCCAGAUUACCAAGGAUAUUACGAGCGGCUCGUAGGCACAGAUGGUAGCUCUAUGAUGUGCGGACCAUCCCUCAAGGAUGAGCUAGAUUUUGGUCCGGAACAUCCAGAAUUCUGCCAACCCAAGCCUACAGCGGAAGAGUCUAACAUAAGAGACGCAAAUAUGAUUGGCUUAGUCAACAAGAUCUAUGGGUCUAUCCCGGGAAGUCUUUCCCACGCAAGUGGUUCCGCUGAGCGUCUUGUAACCGUUAUUAUCAGCCCGUCCCACAAGUAUGUAUUCUCAUACACUUCUACAAGGAACAACCGUGGAGGUCUCGAUCUAAACCGCAUGCGACUACUCAUUGAUACUUUCUUGAAAGAGUUCACGACAGUCAAAGAAGGAAUCGCGAAUGCGCACCAAGCACUAAACAUGGAUGGUGGUGGCAGCGUCUUUGUCAACUGGGUCAAAAGCAACGGUGAGCAGCAUAUCAUCGCGGCGGGUAAGAUGUCUGGAAAGGAACUUGGUUCCAAGAGACCUAGAACAGUGCAGACCAUAGUCAAACACUCUGCCUUGAAGAAGCGGACGAUAUGGUGGACGUAA